CUCGCCAGUCGGCAUCAACUCUCUCCUCAUAAAGUUGAUCUUUUAUGUAGGCUAAUGGGUCUUCAUAUGAUGGUGGUGGUGUUUCGGAAUGCUGAAGUCGUGAGAUGACCCAAGCCACGAAAACAGUGUACGAUACACAUCGUCUAGACAGAAGCAAAGAGGAAUCAUCCACGCAGCAAACCAAACCUAUCCCCAUUCUAACUUCCGCCGCGAGUGGAAAAAGCCAUGCCAACAUACGUAGUCACCGGCGCCAGAGCUGGCAUCGGCCUGGAAUACAUCAACCAACUAAGCAAAUCCCCCUCCAACACAGUCAUCGCCCUCGUCCGCUCCACCGCCCCUUCCACAGACCUCUCGGCCCUCGAAGCCAUCCGAUCCUCCAGCACCGCCACGACGCACAUCCUCGAAUGCGACGUCUCCUCCGAGGCAUCCAUCGCCGCGCUCCCCGGCCGGCUGUCAGCAGCCCUCCAAGAGAGCCGCGGGACGCCGGCUAAAGUGGACUUUCUCAUCAACAACGCCGCGACGCUGCAAUUUGCGCACCAGACGAGCUUGACGCUUGAUAAGGCGGGACUGGACGUGCACAUGGAGACCAACGUGCUCGGCCCGGCGAGGAUGGUGCAGGUCUUGCUACCCUUCCUGACAGCCGAGGGCGGUAGCGAGAAGGACGGUGCGGAGGCUGCUGGCGAGGGCGAGGAGAGGAUCGCCGCGGUCGUCGCCAACAUUACCUCCGGCGCGGGCAGCCUGGGCUGGACCAGCGACGGCCGCGUCGGGAUGCUGGCGGGCUACUCCAUCAGCAAGGCGGCGCUGAACAUGCUGACGGUGCAUCAGGCGCGGGAGUUGAGGGGCCAGGGGGUCGUUGCGGUGGCUGUCGAUCCGGGUCAUGUCAAGACUGAUUCUGGUGGGCCUGGGGCGACGGUUGAGGUGGAAGAUAGUGCGGGGGGUAUAUUGGCUCUGCUGGCUGGGCUCAAGAGCGCUGAUAGCGGGAAGUUCUUUUUGUACAAUGGAACGUCUGUCCCGUGGUAG